AUGGAGAAUGCAACUCAAGUAGAAGACAAAAAGUCCGAAGAUAUCUCAGAAAACACCCCUGACAAGAAGCAAGAAAGCCUUGAAGACAUGCUUUUUAGGCACAACAAGGCUAAACAGAAAGCUAAGAAGAAACAAGUUGAUGAAGAUAUAUCUAAGCUUUCAACGACACACGCGGAGGAACUGGCUUCUAUAAGAUAUAGCAGUGCUGCUGAGAAUGGAAGAGGAAAUCUUGACAAUUUGGUAAAGGCCAUUGCUGGGUUUCAGUCACCACUCAAGCUGAACAUUCAAAACCUAGCAAGGGUGUCAAGCGGCGUGAGAAAAGAUCUCAAUAGGAAGCUGCUAGAGAACAAAGAAUACAAGAAGAGCAGAGCAAAAUGGUAA